GGAAUAUAGAUCACCCAAACAAAUAGGAAGAAGAAGAUAAUUUGUAGGUCAAUCACUUCUUAUCUUCAAAAAAAAUGUUGGAAGGGAAAGCAAUUGUAGGUGAGACCGAUAUGCUUGAAGCCAUGCAGCAUGAUGCUCUUCAAUUAGCAGCUAAGGCACUCGACUUCUUUGAUGUCAUUGACGCCACUGAAAUUGCUCGAUUCAUUAAGAAGGAGUUCGACCGAAUAUAUGGAAAUGGCUGGCAAUGUAUUGUGGGGACCGACUUUGGUUCUUUUGUGACGCAUUGCUCAGGGUGUUUCAUCCAUUUCUGCGUAGGCAGCCUUGCAAUUUUACUCUUCAAAGGCUCAACCGAAUCCGAAUCCGAACCUGAACCUGAUGCUGAUCACCAAUUCUCAGCUUCGAUCAUUGUCUGAUAAUAUAUAACUAUGUUGUGACCAAUAUGUCAAAUUGAACCUAUAGAGUUCAAUUUUUUUGGUUCUUUUUGGAGAUCCAAAAUGUUAAUACUAUCAAUUAGAUUUUCUAAUUUCAGCAGCGUUAUUAUGUACUUGUUGUAUAUGUGGGUUUUGUUAGUUCAAUACAAUAUUGUACUUGUCUCUA